AUGGCGAACCUCCUGCGGGCCUACAACUCGGCUCUCAUGCGGCGACCGUAUGCAACGGGUAUGGCCUCCGCUGCCUUCCUAUUUGGCGCUGGAGACGUUCUUGCACAGCAGGGCAUCGAGAAGAGGGGUGCGGACCAUGACUACAUGCGGACGUUGCGGCUGGCAGGAUACGGCGGCUUGAUCUUCGCUCCUCUGAUCACGCGAGUGUACGGAGGAAUCGAGCGAAUCCGGUUCCAGUCGAAGGUUGCCACAACCGUGGCUCGCGUCGGCGUCGACCAGUUCGUGCUCACGCCGUGUGUCUUGACGCUGUUCUUCACUUGCCAAUCCCUGCUCGAGGGCAAGGGUUUCUCCGAGGCGCGCAACCGCAUCGAAAACAAGUGGUGGCCGACGAUCCAGAAGAACUGGGGGACUUGGAUUCCUGUCCAGCUCAUCAACUUCUCUGUUGUCCCGCUGCAUCUGCGACUCUUGGUCGUCAACGUUGUUUCGCUCUUCUGGAACGCCUACCUCUCGUAUGCGAACGCUCAGGGUGCACCGAAGGACCACGUCAAGGAGAUCAUGGGCGAGGUCGCAUAG